AUGGCCGCCCCACUUGGUGCCUAUGAUAAGAUCUCAUCUCCCGAGUCUGACUUCCACAUCACCAACACCCAGGAUGAAGAAAAUGGCGCUCGCAUACGUGAUCCUGUCUCCGGCCCGGAAUGGCUCGCCUCUGAACCCGAACAUGCCAUGGUAUUCGCUCAACCAUCCGUCACUGCCGUCCUCCUCUCCAGCCAGGAGAUGGAGCCGAACAGGAGGGAUCUAGAACGACUGAUUCAGAUGCAAGAGAUAGGGGAGGGGGCGUCCUUCGAUUGGCAGGCGAUCGCGGAUGUGGUGGUGGAGCGGUAUGCGCGCGAACUGAGGUAUCUGGUGUCAGGGCAGUUGGCGACCCUUGCGGACCUCCAUGAAGAGAUUGAGAAUAGUCUGGGUCCAUUUGUGGACUACGACAGUCGGGAUCAUGCUCGGGAGGUGCAUCUGUGCGCAACCCAGGUUCUCCCAGCAAGGACGCCAGAUGGGGUCGCCGCACGAGCGAUUUGGUCGGUUACACAGCAGAUCUGCUCGACGACGGCUGAGGCGUGGAAUAAGAUGGACUACGGGGCCGCCCACUGA